CCACGUGGUCAGAAGGUCUGAAAUUAAUCCAGUGGUCUAGAGACCACCAGUAGUAUCGUGGUUUUGCGCCAAACCCGAAAUGAAGUCAAUGACUGCUCUGGGCUGUGGGACGACGAUACAAUUAUCUGCAGCUGCAUCAAGAAGCGUAAAGCUGGUUUCGUCGAUAGCCCGAUUUAGCUCCGACUCUUCCCCAUCUCUGAAGGGUAAUUAUCUGCGUUGCCGAUCAGUUGCUUCUGCUUCUGUUCGCGCCAUGGGUUCCUCUGCUUCUUCUCCCAAACCAGAAAACGUUCGAGAUUCGCAGAAAGCCGCUCCAUCGAGUGAUGAAGAAUGGAAGAAGAAGCUCACGCCGGAACAGUUCUACGUAACUCGACAGAAGGGAACUGAGAGGGCUUUCACCGGGGAGUACUACAGCACAAAAACUCCUGGAACAUACCACUGCAUAUGCUGCGACACACCGCUCUUCGAAUCAUCGACCAAGUUCGACAGUGGAACUGGGUGGCCGUCUUACUACCAGCCAAUUGGGAACAAUGUGAAGUCGAAGGUUGACUUGUCGAUCAUCUUCAUGCCCAGGACGGAAGUCCUGUGUGCCGUCUGUGAUGCUCAUCUCGGGCAUGUGUUUGAUGAUGGUCCGCCUCCUACUGGCAAACGCUACUGCAUAAACAGCGCUGCACUGAAGCUAAAGCCUAUGGAGAAAUGAAGCUUCUGCUAGAGACGUUUGAGAUCGAGCAUCUUGAUGAUAAUGUCAUUUUGAUUGAUGAGUAUGUGUAAAUGCUGCUGUAAGAGGGUUUUAUAACUGGAAAAGUAUAGUCUCUUAGCUAAUAUUCAUAAACUGAUGACACAGAAGAAGCAUUUAGCUUUCUAUAUGCAACAGUUGUUUGACACUCAGAUCUUGAAUGGAACAUCUUCCUAUCCUCUGGCCUUUCAGAUUACUAAAAUUUUCAUUUCAAGCCUUUCUGAAGCUAGAGAACAUCUGUGUAGUCUUUACCUGUUCUUCAAGAAACUUGGGCAGUUCGAAGAAGAUUGCUAACUGACACCCGAUCAGGCAUACUGGGGAUGGCUCCCUUGACUUGAACACAAAGGGAAGCUGCUGCAGCUGUAUGAGAAGCAAAAUUUUCCGACAAUCAGGGGUUUAAGGAAUGAAACAUGCAAGCGAACGAAACAUCUUUCAUCUGGUAAAUUUUGUAGGGUGGUUCCUUGACAAUGGAAUCAAUGGUUUAACACAAUUACAACAGGAGGAUGGUUUAUAGAUAGAAGGGCAAGAAUCAUCACAGGGAUUAGAGUCAAAACAUACCAGCAAAUUUCAGGCAUUCUUCUUUCGACUUCCCUUCUACAAGUGCAACUGCAAAGGAAGCAGUAAAAGUAUCUCCAGCUCCUGUAGUGUCCAGAAUUCUUGCUGCUGGUAUGAUAGGCUGCUUCAUUGACUUUUCUCCUUCUACAAAUAAGGCAGACCCUUUGGAACCAAGCUUCAUUAGCACCUGUUUGACUCCCUGUUAACACUCGCCACAUCAAACAAUGUCUCCCAAAGACCUAUAUCUUGUCGAUAAUGCAUCAAUCCGACAACUAAUUAGGGACAAACAUAAAAGUCUCUUCAAACGAAAGUUGAAAGGAUGGACACCAAUCUAGACAGGACUUGAUGGUAUGCACAAGUAUACCAAGCAGGAAGGUUACCAGUAGUCUCCAAGAGCAUUGCCAAGUAAUGCACAAAUCACACCAAGCUUACAAAGUGAGAUGCACAGAUAUACACAAUAGAGGAUUCGGGUAUGCACAGGAAAAUGAUGAUCAGAUGACAAAUAUCAAUGAACUGUCCAAAAAUGUAAGCAUUGAAUCUUCCUCUGAGCAAUAGUUCAGCUCUUAUAGACAAUGCACUUAACUUCAAUGGGCAAAUGCUGCACAUGGUACAAGUAGUACUAACCAUUUUGUGACACUUCUUGACAGCCUCUUCAAUUUGCUCGAAGCUUUCAGUCGGCAUCCCAGUGAUUCGAGCAAGUUCAGUUUCAUUCGAGCUAAAGAUGUCCACGGAUUUGAGCAAUUCAGCUGGUAUAGGCGUAUCCAUUCCACCGGCGUCCAAAAUUACGGAAACACCAGCAUCUUUUGCUGCCUAAAGAACCGAUACAGGAAAAUCUCAAUUGGAGUGUUGAAAGCAAGGCCAUCUGAGUAAAUUUCCUUAUGUAGCAACUAGCAAGAUAGGAACCAUCACAAAACCAGAGUAGAAAUGAGAUAAUUUACCAAAAAGUUUUUGCGCAUGCAGUUAUCAGAGGUUGAUAAUAUGGAAAAGUUUCAAAUCAGGAUUACAGCGUCAUAGACCGCCAACAAAAUCUUAAAGCUAAA